UCAAAGUUUGUUCUGUACGUGGAUAAAUGUCCUGUUCUUUGUAACUGCACUCUCCUAUUUUCUCUCUCUUCUAUGAAGAAAUAUUCUGCUCAGUUUGUCUCGCCGUCCACCGCUUCACAAGAUCUUGACCAAAAACAAUUAGAAUAUGUCAAUAAUCAGAGUUGACAGAGAAGAAAAUUUGCCGAAAAGUGAUUCUCCCGUGCCGUUAAUUACUUGAAAGGGCUGAAGAAGUGGAGUUGGCGUCUCAACUCAAUUCUAAAACAAUUACAAGAGAGAAAUAACUAAAAAAGAAGAGGGGAAAUAGGAAAGAUACGAUUUUUAUCCAACACUCCAGGAUGGAUGAAAAGCAAAAAGGCCUGGUCUCGGAAUUGGAAGACCUCCAGACUGGUUGUUCUUGGGUUCCCCUGACCCCGGCAAAGCCGGGGCCGAUCUGCACAGAAUGGCAAGAUAAUCAGGCAUUUCGUACCAAUGGGCUAGAAUCAGAAAAAUACUUGCAGGUAAAUCAUACAGGCCAGGCAGAGAUUGGUCCAAAGAGAGCAUCAGAGGAGUUCCUGCAAGAAAAUCCAGCUGCAUGUUGGGGCUCGGCAAAUGCUAUUAACAUACACAGGAAUUUUAACACUAGGGAAACAGAUAUAGCCCCAAAAUCCCAAGUUAAUGGUGAUGAUUCCUGCAGGUCCAAUUUUUCUGUAAAUGUAAAUGAUGAAGAGAUGUGGAACAGUGUUUCUUUCAGAGAACUCUUGGCACUGGCAGAUGCAGCUAGCUUCAAUGCAAGUGCACAGACUGCUUUUAAUGCAACAAGCAGCUCUUUCGCACCAAAUUUUCAUACUAAGAUUGACAGUAGACAGUGUACAAUAACGACUGAAAACCCUUCACUCGUGGAUCUAGACACUUCCCUUGGAAUAAACUUUCCAGCUGAAUGCAACAGCAUACAGAAUAUUCCCAAUGAUGGAAGUUGUAUCCGUUCCAGGCUGUUCUUCGACCUCAAUUUUCCAUCUAGGAUGGCAGAUGCAACCUUUAGCGAGGUAGUUUCAUCCCAGUUUGCACCUAUAACACCAGAGAAGAACCCAAAAACUGACGAAAGACGAGGGUUGGCCAUGCCAAAUUUAAGCACAGAUGAAAUGCUAGGAAAAAAAGACGUGAAACAGAAGGAAAUUGCCAUCAAGAGGGUCGGAUUAGAGGGAUUCCUCCAAAUGAAAGAACAUUCUCAGUUGGUUGUUGAUCAUGUAUGUGAAACAAUGUCCACACAGUUGGAGGAGAAUCACAAGCCUGACAAGGGAGGCACUGAGGACAUUGAGUUGAACAAAACGCCACAGCAGAAACCAAGAAGAAAAAAGCACAGGCCCAAAGUGAUAAUAGAAGGCCAAUCUCAAAUAAUUCCUAAACCAAGUGUUGGAAGGCCUUCUGAUCCCCAGGAAACCACAAGAGUAAAGAGAAAGUAUGUUCGGAGAAAAGGACUUAAUAAUCACAAAACUGAAACUCCCCUUGAGAGGGAAAUAAAUGAAAGUGAUACAAACACAAAAGCCCCAAGUUCAAAGGAAACCAUGACUGGUAAGAGAAAGUAUGUCAGAAGAAAAGGAGUCAACAAACCUGCUGCUACUACCCUGGAUCAGGAAACUUGUGAAACAAAAGAUCCAAAAACAGUUCAGCACACAAGAAAUACCUGCAGGAGAUCUCUGAAGUUUGACGUUGAAGGCCAAGGGAGUGAUGAAAGCUCAUUGCACCACCAUCCAUCUCCGAAUUUUGACAUGGAAUCACAAGCACAGAACUUCAAUGCUAAAGAUCAAUCAGGAUCAACCAUUCAGUGCAUACAGGGGAGGGAAGCCUCAUUGAAGAAGACUGAAGUGAUUGCAUAUGAUCUUACAUGCUCUACGAAGCAAGUAGUGGAAGGCUACCUGUCAAAACCUGAAGGACAUUCAUCUAGCCCCCCACCUCAUUCUAAGACAGAUACACUGAAUGAUAAAUCUACACUUACGGAUCAAAAAGUAUGUACAAGAGGAAAAUGUCAAAUUAUAUUCUCGGAUUUCACACACGAUGAAGAAGGAAAUAAUUUACAGUUGAUUAUGAAUUCCGAUGCUCGGUCAACACAGAAGAGCUCAAGUAAUUCCGACAGCAGCAACACAGCGUGCUUGAUGCAGGAAAGACAAGAAAGAGGAAUAAAAAGACAACAUAGGGGUACAACUGUUGAAGCAGAAUUUUACAGGUCAAAUUCAACUGGGACUUUACACAAUUCUUUGCAGGCAUACAGUGCUAUAUUUCAACAAUUCACAGAUAACAAUUAUUGCAAUCCGGGCAUGCAUUUCCAUGCAAUAUACAGUACAAAGAGAAUUGAGAAAGAACACAAUUCAGUGACUUCCAGCACGAACUCCACAGCAAUUGCCUCAGAAAAUCGUGCAAUUGCAGCAGCUGAUGGUACUCAGAAUGAACAAAAAAAAUUAAAAUUUCUGGCAGCUAUGGGACCUACAGAGAGGUUGGAAAAGAAAAGAUCCAAAGAACCUGCUCCAGUAUGGAACUCGGUGCAACCCCUUGAAAUUCGUGGACAACUGCCAGCUUCUACAGGCAGUGGAGCAACAACAUCAAAAAUUGCACAAGGAUUUGAAAUUCUACAACCUCCACAUAAAAAGAGAUCCAAGGGCCCUACUCAAGAUCCAAAAGCCCUAACUACUGAUACCAGUAAAAUGAUGAUGACAAAGAAGCGGACAAAGAAAAGCCUGCUUGUCAACUCAACAGUGCAAAACAGACAUAGUGACCACCAAUUCGUUGCCAGAUCAAUGGGUCCUCCACUGGCUAUAACAUGGAUAUGCAAGUCUCCAGUUGAUGCUAUCAUUGAGCAAUUUAAUCAACUUGAUUUAAAUGCAAAGAGCAGCCAAGAACAUAAUGCAUUUAUUGCCUGCCAUAUGAAUUACCAAGAGCAACACGCCCUGGUUCCAUAUCAAAGAAAUGGAGCUCUUAUCCCUUUUGACAGCUCAUUUGACCAGGUUAAAAAAAGUCGCCCACGGCCUAAAGUUGACCUUGAUGAUGAGACGAGUAGAGUGUGGAAACUUUUGUUAGACAAUAUAAACAGUGAAGGAAUUGACGGCACAGAUGAAGAGAAGGAAAAAUGGUGGGAAGAAGAACGAAGAGUGUUCCGUGGGAGAGCAGAUUCAUUUAUUGCACGCAUGCAUCUUGUCCAAGGGGACAGGCGGUUUUCUCCAUGGAAAGGAUCAGUUUUAGACUCUGUUAUUGGUGUUUUUCUCACUCAGAAUGUUUCGGAUCAUCUUUCUAGCUCUGCCUUCAUGUCACUUGCUGCCCGAUUCCCUUUAGAAUCAGAAAGCAGCCAAGGACAAUCUUGUCAAGAGAAAGUGAACAUCACAGUCAAAGAACCUGAAGGGCGUGGUCUGGAUACAGAUGAUACAUUUGGUUGGAAUGAAGGAUUAAAUAAGCUAACUUGCAGCGAAGAUUCUAAGAUGAUUCUGGUAUCUGAUUACAAUGACAUUAAAGAAGUUAACAGUGUCAAGUCCCCUGGAGAUAGCUUUAUUGGCACCACACUGAAAGAUAACUUAAGUCGACAAUUGUCAGCCAUCUCUAAAAAUUGUCCGGAUACAUCCCGUGAAUCCGCAGUCAACGAGUCAAUAGGUUUUAUUGGCGAUGAAAGAGACUUGGAUGAUACACUUUCUUCUCAGAACUCUGUGACUUACUCUCAGAACUCUGCAGAUUCUGUAAUAUCUCAAACUGCAGAAAGAACUGAAUCAUGUUCACCCAGAACCUUAGAAGUAGAAUCCUGCACUACUUAUCAAAAGCUGUCACAGAUAUCACAAAGCAUAAUAAAUGUUCACAAUCAAGGGAAUGGAAACAAAUUGUGUGAGGAUGGGCAAUUUGAACCAGAUAGUAUGGCUCCCGAUUCACAAAAUCAAAAUGAGAACCAGUCAGAUAUUACCUGCAGCGAGCCUGCUUUGCAUAUGGCACCCAGUUCAGGAACACAAGUAGACGAACGCUUCGAUGUACCUCAAAAGAAUGGCAAAAGCUCAAAUGUUAUCAAUGGAAAAGAACUUUGUGACACAGAACUAAGUGUGUUGUCCACAGAAUCUGCAACCCAAGCUACAGUUCAGAAAUUCUUGGCUAUCAGUCAUGAAAUACCAAAAUUCGGCAGUGAAAAGUUUCGCUCAAGCAACAAACAUCCAAUUGACGUGUACCAAAAGAUAACUGAAAACCAUACAGGCAAACUGGAGUCACAGUUUCACUGUCAAGAAAAUAACUAUAAAAUGCAGGAAGUAUCAAACAUCCCAAUGUUUCCACAAAAAUUGACAGAUGUCACAGGGAGUAGCAACAUUGAUAAUUUAAGAAUUCCUGAGCACAAGGAGAUUGGCUCAAAUUUGAAAGAUCCUGGUAAAACAGCUAGUGAACGUAAAGCAAAUGGGGAGAGAACUAGAAAAGAUAAACAGAAGCCAGUCAAUUGGGAUUGCUUGAGGAAACAGGCACAAGAAGGUGGCAGAAGAGAAAGAACGGCCAACACGAUGGAUUCGAUAGACUGGGAGGCAGUAAGAUGUGUCGAUGUUAAUGAGAUCGCUGAGACCAUCAAAGAAAGGGGAAUGAACAAUGUACUAGCGGAGAGAAUCCAGGAAUUCCUCAAUCGCCUUGUUAGAGACCAUGGAAGCAUUGAUCUGGAAUGGCUAAGGGACGUUCCACCAGACAAAGCAAAAGAGUAUCUGUUGAGCGUAAGGGGUUUGGGUUUGAAGAGCGUGGAGUGUGUACGGCUUUUGACACUGCAUCACCUUGCUUUUCCUGUUGACACAAAUGUUGGGCGUAUAGCCGUGCGGUUGGGGUGGGUACCUCUUCAACCAUUGCCUGAGUCACUUCAGCUGCAUCUUCUAGAACUGUACCCAAUAUUGGAGUCUAUUCAGAAAUUUCUGUGGCCAAGACUCUGCAAGCUUGAUCAAAGAACACUGUAUGAGCUGCAUUACCAGAUGAUUACCUUUGGAAAGGUGUUUUGUACUAAGAGCAAGCCAAAUUGCAAUGCUUGUCCACUGAGAGGGGAAUGCAGACAUUUUGCUAGUGCAUUUGCAAGUGCGAGGCUUGCUCUCCCUGGAACUGAAGAUAAAAGCAUUGUGAGUUCAAUAGAAAACAAUGCAGCUUAUCAGAAUACUGUGAAAAUUAUCGAUCCUUUGCAGUUACAUUUACCUCGAGCUUAUCAAUUAGAAGCACACACAGAAUCCAGCAAUGCCGAACCCAUUAUUGAAGUUCCAGCUACACCAGAGCCUAUUAUUGAAGUGCCAACAACUCCAGUACUAGACCAGACACAAGUUCCAGAAUGUGACAUUGAGGACGACGACUUCGAAGGUCCUGAUGAGAUUCCCACUAUUCAACUCAAUAUGAAAGAGUUCACUCACAAUUUGCAGUCUAUUAUGCAAAAACGGACGGAACUACAAGAGGGUGACAUGUCAAAGGCCUUGGUAGCUUUAACUCCAGAAGCAGCUUCAAUCCCUAUGCCUAAACUUAAGAAUGUGAGCAGACUCAGAACAGAGCAUCUAGUCUAUGAACUUCCAGAUUCACAUCCUCUGCUACAAAGGAUGGAUAAAAGAGAACCAGAUGAUCCCAGCUCGUACCUACUUGCAAUAUGGACCCCAGGCGAAACUGCAGACUCUAUUCAGCCACCAGAAAGAUGCAUCUCCCAAGAAUCUGGACAUCUGUGCACCAAUGAAACAUGUUUUUCAUGCAACAGUAUACGCGAAGGGAACUCCCAAACUGUUAGAGGCACACUUCUGAUACCCUGCAGAACAGCUAUGCGAGGAAGCUUUCCACUCAAUGGUACCUAUUUCCAAGUUAAUGAGGUGUUUGCUGACCAUGAAUCUAGCCUGAACCCUAUCAAUGUUCCAAGAGACUGGUUAUGGAAUUUGCCACGAAGAACUGUGUAUUUUGGAACGUCUAUACCCACGAUAUUUAAAGGGCUAUCAACAGAAGGUAUUCAGUAUUGUUUUUGGAGAGGCUUCGUUUGUGUGAGGGGAUUCGACUGGAAGACACGUGCACCACGUCCCCUCAUUGCUAGACUGCACUUCCCAGCCAGCAAGGUAACUAAGGUAAAGUGAUGGACAGGUGAGAAUUAGGUAUCAAUCCACUCGCUGUGGCUAACAGUAGGAUUACGUAGAAACAGCAUCAGCAGGCAUGGCAUCAGAACAUGGUUCUUCAAAGUGCAAAGGGAAAGGAAAUCAGCCAUUUGUAUACAUCGAAAUGGAGGGAAAUCGGUUCCUUGUGGAAUGAAAUCAUAAUAUUUCUGCUCAAAGAGGAAAUGUACCGUUACUGUUGCAAUAGAGGCUCAAAAUAGAACAAUAGGCCUCUCUUCUAAUUUAUUUCCUUUCCUGAA